CAUGCUUAGGUAUCAACAUAGAAGCAGGUAGCUGGUAAAAAGAUUUGAAAACACAAAUAGAAAUGCAUUAAGGAACGUUCUUGCAUUUUUAAUAGCCGUCGCUUUGUCCGUAAAAUGGAAUACAUCAUCUCCUGAAAAGCGUCUUUAUUCCUGUUUUAGAUAGCUAAUUCGUUGCUCGAAUAAAAAAUCUCAAGAUAAAAACAACAGUGUCUCGCAAAGCCACGAGGAAAACCUUUGGUCCUGACCAUUUAAAAUCAUGACAAGGUAUAACUUUUUAUUGUGCUUAACGGUGCUUAUUUCUUUGGGACUGUCCGGGAGCGACGAGCCGGACCUCUUUCUGCCCCCCGAGAGCGAGAUGUCCUCGGAUUCUGGAGUCUCUCUUUUUGAUGUAGAGGAUGUGGACUCUCCUGAGUGUUCCGCGUGCGUUUGGAGAGAACAGAGCAAAGUCUUACGGCUGGAAACAAUCAAAUCACAAAUCCUUAGCAAACUGCGCUUAAAACAAGCGCCCAAUAUUAGCAGAGAGGUGGUUAAUCAGCUUCUUCCCAAAGCACCUCCGCUGCAACAGCUCCUGGACCAUCAUGACUUCCAGGGGGACGCAUCCUCCCUAGAUGAUUUCUUGGACGCCGAUGAGUAUCACGCCACCACCGAGUCUGUCAUCACCAUGGCCUCAGAGCGUGGAACAGAGGGUGUGGGAUACGGCUUCACAGCGGCCUCGGAAUACACACUGCUGUCCGCUGGCAAUAAGAAAGGUGGUCAUGAGUGGCAAGGCAUUGCGUGUGUGGCAUGA